AUGUUCAAAAAACCGUCUCUACUCUGCUCCUGUUGUGGCAGCAUCCAGCUGCUCAACUCGCCCUCCUCGAUUUCGCCGCAAUCGGCCACCUCAUCCCGACGACGCCCGCAUCCGUUUCGACUGCCUAGGCGCUUCGCCCAUGUUCACAGCACGAACUCUCUUGGUCCUGAGAGGGACUUCACCUGGCCAACUUCCCCUACCUUUUCGCCAUACGAGCUAUUCAAACUAGAACGGACCGCUCCCUAUUCGAAACGGCUUUUCUACGAACUUGCCAAAAUCUACCACCCCGACCGGCCAUGCAAUGGGCAUCCAUUGUGCAAAGAUCUUCCGGAAUCAGUCCGCAUGCACAGAUACAGGGUCAUAGUGGCGGCUCACGAACUCCUUUCCGAUCCAUCGAAGCGUGCAGCAUAUGACAGGUGUGGCGACGGAUGGCAUCAGCGCCGCGAGCUCUUCGGCGUUCAUGCUAAAAAGGAGCCCCGCCAAUCCACCACGGUCCGCUAUACCUACGGCAGGAAGAAUUCUGGUGAAGACAUAUUUAGAAAUGCCACCUGGGAAGAUUGGCAGGAAUUCUACGAGAAACGCGAUGGACGUCCGAAGCAAGCCCAGACGGUGUCUCAUAGCACGUUCGCGUCGUUUUUAUUCCUCCUAGCGCUGUUCGGUGGCAUUGGUCAGGCAAUUACCGUUGGAAAAUAUUCGACAUUUGUACAGGACAAAGUGAAAAGUGUCAAUGAAAAAUGUGGACAAUUGCUUGACGGCCGAAGACAUGACACUAGGGAGCAUAUGAGCUCCCAGGAUGCCAGGGUUCAGAGUUUCCUAAUGAAGCGAGAUCCAUCGGGCUACGGGUUGAAGGAAGAAGAGGAAGAGACCUACCGACGCCUUCUCGGUGCACAUCGGACUACUGAUGUUAUAAAUGAUAUCGACUCGAUGAGAAAUGAGUCAGAAUAG